ACCGUGGUGGAAUCAUGCAGAGGCGCGGCAGUGUGCGAAGUGCAAGCUGGGCAAGGGACUGGUCUUCCACAGCGUGCGCCAGCCCGCGGCCCCCUCCCAGCGGAAGAAGGGCAAUCAGGGCGGCAGCGGCAACGGCUACUGGGACGACUCCGUCAAGGUGGCCAAGCUCAAGUCCGAGCUCGCCGAGGCCCGCAAGCGGCUUGCCGCUGUGCAGAGGCCGCCGCCUGGCGGGGAGGACGUGCAGAUGGAGCCGGCCGCGGACGGAGACGGCCCCGAGUCCGUCGCCAAGGACAGGCUACGCGAGGUCGGCGACCUCAUCGGCAAGCUCAAGGGCAUCACCGAGCCGUCGGUCGUGGCCACGCGCGACAAGCUGCUGGCCGAGCAGGCCGAGCUGCGGGCUAGGGUGGCGGAGUCCCGACCGCUCGGACAGCGCUUGCGCGAGAUGGGAACUCAGUUCACCAGGCUGCAGAAGCUGCGCGACGACCAGCAGACCAAGCUCGAUGGGCUGCAGGCGCAGUUGCGCGACCUGCAGGAGAAGGAACGGCUCACUCGGGACAAGCUGGCGGCCCUCGACGCUAGCAUGGAGGAGCUGGACCAGGAGCGCAAGAGGCUUCAAGGGCAGGUUCCGACGCCUGGCGACAAGGCGUCGCUCGACGAGCCGAUCAAGGGGGUUGGUGCCACGCUCGAGGGCCUCGGGAUCUUGCUCCAGAGCCUGGGCGCCGAUCACCAGCUGUCGGGCAGCCUCACGGCGAGCUUCCAGGAGCUGCAGAGGUUGCAGGAGGAGGAGGCGGCAAAGUUGGCUGCCCAGAAGGCGCAGGCGGAUGCUGGGGCCGAGGCUGGUCCCGACGUCGAGCAGGCCGAGCGGCAGGACGACGCGGCAGCGCCUCGCACACCACAGCCAUCUGCCUUCUCCGACGACCCUGAGUUCAUGGAGGAAGUCGUUGCGGCUGGGGGCGAGAAGCACAGGCUGGAGGAGAUCUUCAUGCGUUGGGGUGCCAAGGAACAUCAUGCCAAGGCCGAGGGCGAUGCUUUGGCGAAGUUGCAGAAUAAAGUAAGAGCUGCUGGGUACCAUGGUAUAUGGGAGCCCGCCCUACCUGGGCAGGGAGUUGGCAGCAGAGGCGGGGUUGCGGUGCUGGCCCCGCUGCGGGUGGUCAUCACCAAACCCCCAGGCCUGGACAGUCACGUGCUGCAGGAAGGCAGGAUGAUGGCGGCCCACGUCCACGCUGGGGUGAAGGGCGGCUUCGUCAUGCUGUCGUGCUAUUUCAUUGUGGACGUCAAGCUGUCGCCCGAGAACCUGGCCAUGCUGUACAAGCUGUACCAGUAUGUCAGGUCGCUGGAGGCCAUGGGUGUUCCGUGGAUCGUAGGAGGCGACUUCAACAUGGAGGUAGGCGAGCUCGGCCCGUUGUCCUGGCUCCAGUCGGCCAAUGGCGUGGUGCUGGCGCCGAGAGAGCCGACUUGUCUUCAGAGCCUUCCUGGCCGCACCAUUGACAUGUUCAUGGUUUCUUGCCGUUUGCUGCCUCGCGUUCGGCAACCAGUGGUCGUCGACGCGGAGACGUGGCCGCAUCUACCAGUGACCAUGGAGCUCUCCGCCACGGCUUUUGACGCGAAGGUCAGGAGGCUUGUCGAGCCACGCGGCUUUCGGAGGCCGCCUGCGGCGGGGUGCGCGAGGUUCCCCCCCGACUGGGACCCGACCUUGGCGAUCAUCCAGAGCGCGUCGCACAGCGAGGGCAUCACCAGGGCCUGGGACGUCGUGCUCAGCGGCAUCGAGUUCGAGCUGCGGGGCCGCUACGACGUCGUGAAGGACGUGGCGGGGUACUCCACGGUGCCAGGCCCCCCGACCUUCGAGCUGGCGAGUUUUCACCCUGUCGUGAAAGGUGCCUGGAGCAGGAGGUCGGCGGACACCCAGGCCUGGGCGCAGGCUGCGCGCUGGGCUCGUCACCUCAGGAGGGUUCGAGUGGCCUUGCAGAGCUUCGUGCUCCAGCUACGCCCGCAGCAGGUCUUCGAGCUCGGCAGCGUCGGCGAGGCGCACGUCGACGGUGUGCCUGGCCUGGGCGAUGGGGCACCCCCUGCUGCGGAGGACCUAUCGUGGGACGCCGUGCACUCCAAGGCGGCGCGCCACCUGCUGGAGUGCGAGAAUUUCUUCCAGAGAAUCUGGCGGAGGAAGGGAGUCUGGCCGCACCUGGACGCCGAAGCCGUCGGCUUCUUCUCGCGUGGCAUACUUGCCUUAGCGCAGGCAGACUUCGAGCAGCAGGUCGACCGCAUCCUGAGUAUCUCCUCCGAUGCUGAGGCCAAGCAUGAGAAGGCCGUGAUGCAGAGCUGGAGGCAGUGGGCGCAGGCAGCUUUUGCGGCUGGAGCCAAGGGAGCUCACCGAUUCAUGAAGCCCAAG